AUGGAUCUUCCAGUUGUGGUUGAUUCAGACGAUGAUGGAAUGGUCUCCCACGAACUAGGGCAAAUGAGGAGUAUAUUGGAAGAGGCGAUUUCGGAAACGCGCUGCAUGCCUCUCGAAAAUCGACCGCGACUUCCCCGCAUACCCCUAAGCAAGCGAAAUUGGGCUGUCGUAAGGGCUCUUAACCCAAUGCUGGUGACCUAUUUGGAAGCCAGCCGGGACCUUUGCGAGACGGACUCAGUUCUUUUUGCCUGGAGAAAAAGAAUCGAGGACCGUAUCGCAAAGGCAAGGGCCCUUAUCGGCAGACUGAUAAGCUUCAGGUCGGGUAAUAAUAGACCGAGGGUUGUGCGCACCGUUAGAAUGGCGUUUGCUGGGACGAAUAUUAGUUUGUCCCAGCCGGAUAUCACGCAGAAACUAACGGAGCGCAUAGACGACCUGAAGCAAAAGAUUGCUGCUUGGGGGAAGCGGAUUCGCUGA